AUGUUAUCUGCGGGUCGUCUUGCUGAUCAGUUCAAAGUGCUCCACUUUUUCAUCUUAAGGAUACUACUUCCUCGCAGUAUCUCUCAAAUUGAACUUGUGCAUCCUGCUGACGCUUGGAUUAUGGCCAAUGCUCGAGAUGGGAUCCAACUCAACUUCUCUAUGCUUAUGUUUGCUCAUAUGAUCAACUAUGGUGACGAAAAUUACUCUGGCCCUCUCCCAUUUGGUCCUCAAAUCACUCGUCUCCUGCAUAGGGUAGAGAUUGAUCUUUGUGAUAAACUAAUUGUAUGUGAUGUCCGAGAGGACCUGCGUGCUCAACACAUCCUUACUGGUGUUAAUGCCCAAGUUGGUAGGAGAAAGCCUUUCAUUUGCUCAGGGGGAGAGCCUGCUGAUACCCCUGCUCUUUUGGAGGCUGCACCUGCAACAUCUGAUCCCGGGCAUUUGGUUCCUGCACUCCUGGAGGCUGUGUCUGCAGUUUUUGACAGAAUCACUGUUGUCAAGCGCAAGGAACUAAUCAGUCUAGAGCUUCAUCAUGCUCAGAUCAAGAAGGUAAAGGAUUCUGAGUCAUUAACCACUCAGGAGGAAGAAGCAAAGGGUAUAUCUGACUAUCUCCACCCGAAUAUGAUUUUUGAGUGGAGAACUAGUUUAGGGGAAGUGACUAGUCUAGGGUGA